AUGGUGGCCGCCGUGCCCCUUCUCAACUUCACCUGGGACAAGUUCGUCUCCACCGACUACGCCAUCGCCGGCAUCCUCCUCAACUCCUUCACCAAGCUCAACGCCACCGUCGCCGGCGGCUACGCCCCGCAAGAAUCCUCCGUCCACGAAGAUGGCCUCGAGAUCCCCGAGCUCGUCGAGGUCAAGCUCGACUUCAAGGGCUGCCCCCUCGACCUGAACCUCGGCGACAACUACGACCGCCAAGUCGCCCGCGACUGCGCCCUCGCCUGCCGCAACGCCACCGACCUCUUCUCCUCCUUUAGCCUCUACAACUGCGCCGUCCUCGCCACCUCGGCCAUGCUCGUCCAGAACGGCUCCCUCGAGGCCCGCUACGUCGACAUGAAGCCCUACCAGGCCGAGCUGCACUUUGGGCCUCUCGUCGACUUUGACUGGCCCGUCGUCCUCGAGAGCAUGGCCCGUUGCACCGCGGCCACGUGCGCGUCCGGGGAUUAUGGCGAGUGCCAGUACGAGAAAUACUACGACGAGUCCUUCCUCGACCGCUCGUGGGCGUCUAUCUCCGCGAGGGAGGGGCUUCAGACCAUGGGUCUCUUGUUGGAGGAGUUUGACUGGCUGUGCACGUCUAGGAGCGAGAUGCUGGAAGAUUCGGAAGCGGACGAUAUCGGUGGGCCCGGGGUCCUCGCCGGGUACUUUAUCCAAAUCAGCAUCGCCAUCAUCUUCUUCACCGUCGCCAACCUCCUCACCUACUGGACCCGCCUCCCCGACUUCCUCAUCUCCACCCUCUCCAAAAACCCAAGGAAGAAACCCUCGACGGCCUCGCCCAGCUCCCGCGUCGCCGCCGCCCUCUUCACCUCCCUCGCCGACUUCCAAGAAGCCCAGUCCUUCUUCAUGAUCGCCAUCCAGCUCGCCACCCUCAUCAUCUACGGCCCCACCUGGGCCCCCGACAAGUUCAUCAGCGCCCGCUCCUCCGCCUUCUUCGCCACCACCCACGUCCUCCUCGUCCUCAUGAUCCAGUCCUCCCUCCAGCGCCUCGGCACCCGCUGGUGGUAUACCUUUGCCUCUCCGUCGCCGUCUAUAUCCUCGGCGUCAUCGUCGACCAGAGCCACCUCGCCCGCUAUGCCGUCGACCCCAUACCCGAAUGAUACCAGCAUUCCCAGCAUCUACGGCCGCCGCCUGGCUCGCCAAUGCAUCGCCGUCUCCCACCUCUUCAUCUCCGUCCUCAUCCUCGACGAGCUCGCCCAUAGCCGACUCCUCGAGGGUCUCCGCCGCAAGUUCAACGUUACCGAAAAGUACCCCAUCGUCGCAGUCAUACUCCACUUGCGGUGGGCCAUGCUCGACCUCAUCAUGGUCGUGUUCUUGCUUCGAUACAUCAUCUCGAUCGACUACUCCAUUGGCAUGACGUUUACGACCAAGGAUGCCUGGGACUACGGACAAAUCAUCGCCGUGGUCAUCUGGGUGCCUGUCUUUGCCAGAUGGGCGUAUUCCACGCUUUUCGGAGUUGAGGAGAGCGUUGGAAGGAGAAUCAGCCCCAACUACGUCGUGUUCCGAAGGACAGAGGGGGUAAAAGCGCGGAGCCGGUGA